GUCUGAUAUAUUUCCUGUUAGUCACAUUAACAUUCUCUACGGAGGAUCUAAAUUUGGAACUGCCGAUCAAAAGUGACUAAGACGGGACACGAAAUAUGGAAUUGAGACCUGUGAAAACAACUUCAGUCUUUUACAAUUCGACAAGAUGGGCAUACAAUGAACCAAGACUUGUUUUGCAGUGACACAAGACGAAACUUAAUCUACGGAGAGCUACAGACAUUAAUGGUGAGACGCACGCUAUCAUCUUCUCAUGAACUUAAUCUACGGAGAGCUACAGACAUUAGUCGCAUCUCGAACAGUGAGGACUGUAGGAGGAUUUAUAACAGAACCCCUGGCUCUUUUUUUUUCCGCCGGGCAGAUAACAAGUGACAUCAAACUCUGAUUUUGUCUGUUAGUGUUUUGUACGGCGGGGGUGUCGUGACUGAUGAAGAGGGAAGCAUGGCCUUGCAUGUUGGAAUCGAUCAUGGAGCGACUGAUUCUGUGGCAACACUUCAUCAUUACCAGGUAAAUGAAGACAUGAUAAACGAUUCUGUAUUUAAUUCUGCUAUGACGAAAUCAGCCACGGAAGGAAGCGUUGCCGAAGGAGACACCAAGGCGAUACCCUGUGUCUAUUUCCAAUGUCCGUUUGGAUGCAGUGCCAUCUACCCAACGGCAUCCAUUAAUGAUCAUAUGAUGAUACAUUUUAGGAAAAUGUUGAUGUACAGACCACUGGAGGCUUCAGUGCUGAUGAUUCAUUCAUUGAAUAGAAACAAAGAGAGACUUCAUACAUGUCUACAGAUUCUGUGCAAGUACCUUGACAACGUGAGUAGCAAUCCAAAUGAUGAGAGGUAUCGUAAGAUAUCAGAGCACAAUAAAGCUUUCCAAGACAAAGUGGCUAUUAUCGAGGGAGCCAAGGACUUCCUUCAGGCGGUUGGAUUUAUGCCCAAGAGACUGCAAUAUUUAGACACGGAGUUGCCCUUCCUAGUAAUGAGCGCCGAGCAUGCCUCGGACACUACUCAGAUUAAAUCAGCUCGUCAAGUAUUACUCAAUACUCAACCUGCCAAGGCUACCCUACAUCAAGAUGUCAGAGUCUACUACCCAUCCACCAAGGCAGACGAGUUCCACUUCUCAGAAGAUUUUUAUGACCUCCCAUCAGGAGCGCAACAUGAUUCUCAGAAUCCAGAUGCUGUAAGACGAUAUAACUAUGCUAUUAUCCGGAUACGAUUUCCGGACGGAGUACUGUUACAAGGAACAUUUCACGUCAACGAAAAGCUUUCUGACGUGAAGACAUUUACGUCAUUAAUGCUGGAGAAAGAAUGGCAGCCAUUUGUGCUUCGAGACAACACCGGAACCAUCAUGUCUGAAAUGAACUCUACCUUGUCUCAACUGAAACUUGUUCCAGGUACAGUGUUGGACUUUGGUUUCAGUGACACCAUGAAGGCCGAGAUGGCAACAGGUCUCUACUUCUGCCUUCACGGUCCCGUCAAACAGGAGCACCACCUCAAGGCAGCUCUGAUGCGGGCAAUCAAGACGCUAUGAUGAAAUCAAGCAGCCUUAUCCAAUGGGAGACAUUCGGGAUGCUUGGUGGCAGCGGACAUAUCAGGUAAAAUCCAUUGUUCUCGGUAAAGUGCGCACGCUCAUAACUACGCAAACAAUGGAAAUUUACCUGGUAAGUCUGCUGCCUCCUAGCGUUCCAAAGUCUCCUAUUAGAGCAAAAGUAACUUUCAAGAAUCAAGAAUCAAGCUUGAUAUAUUUUUCGACCCUUGGAAGGAUUUUAGGUGUUCAGGUUUGGUGUAGGUGUUUCUUUCCAAACCUUCCACCUCUAAGACCCUAGACUUGUCGACAACUUGUUUAACAUGUCUCUGUUGUGGUGAUAGCAUUCUCAGACUCUCUCCACGAUUCCUGCGACGCUAGUGGUAUUCUCGCGAAACUGCUGAGCCCGCGCGAGUAAGUGCUCUCAGGCUGUGCAGUCUGUUAAUGGACCCUUCCCAUGAAAUAUGUAAAUUGCACAUAGUGCGUGCGCACUUACAUUUUGGUUGCCAAAAUGAGGGAACACCGCGCUGUUUUGUACACGGCUAAUGGCUGCGUGAUGCAGACGCAUUGGGCGUCUGCUUAGUGUACAACUCUAUGGUGUUUACCAACCAAUACAUGCAACAGGAUCUGUACGCAUGUGUGAAUGUAAUUAGCAUAUUUCAUGAAAAGGGUCCAGUGGGAUGUAGUCGGCAACCAGCAGCCAAUACACCCAAAAUCCUUCUCUAUAAUUAAUACUUACAGUGUACAUAGCCACAACUCCAUAAUGUGCAUGCCCAACCUGCAUGGUUUAUGGUUUAAACUGUACCAAAUAUGUUUUGCACAGUCAUCAUCAAGUGUGAUAAGGAGAUUGACUUUACGUGGAGGCUAUACUAAAGGCACUGUACACGUUUCUUGGUAAUUACUCAAAAUAUAUACUAGCAUAAAAUCUUACUUGUUAACGAGCAAC